AUGGAUCUUAAGGACAGCACCAGCGAGGGCAGCAUGGGAAGCCUGGAGCCCUCCAGCAUCCAGAUGUUUGCCAACACUUCCUCCCUCCAUGGGAUCCGCCACAUUUUUGUCUAUGGGCCGGUGACGAUAAGGCGGUUGCUGUGGACCAUGGCCUUUGUGGGCUCGCUGGGUCUCCUCCUGGUGGAGAGCUCGGAUCGGGUGGCUUUCUAUUUCUCCUACCAGCACGUCACUAAAGUGGACGAGGUGGUGGCCAACAGCCUGGUUUUCCCUGCGGUCACCAUCUGUAACCUCAACGAAUUCCGCUUCUCCAGACUCACCACCAAUGACCUGUACCAUGCCGGGGAGCUCCUGGCUUUGCUGGACGUGAACCUGCAGAUUCCAGAGCCCCACCUGGCUGACCCGGCGGUCCUGGCCGCUCUCCAGGAAAAGGCCAACUUUAAGCAAUACAAACCGAAAAUUUUCAACAUGCAGGAGUUCUUGGGGCGGGUGGGGCACGACCUGAAGGAUAUGCUGCUGUACUGCAAGUUCAAAGGGCAGGAGUGCAGCCAGAAGGACUUCAAAACUGUGUUUACAAAAUAUGGGAAAUGUUACAUGUUUAACUCAGGAGAAGAAGGGCGGCCCCUGCUUACCACAGUCAAAGGUGGGACGGGCAAUGGAUUGGAGAUCAUGCUGGACAUACAACAGGAUGAAUAUUUACCAAUAUGGGGAGAAACAGAGGAAACUACGUUUGAAGCUGGAGUCAAAGUUCAGAUCCACAGCCAGUCGGAGCCGCCCUUCGUCCAAGAACUUGGCUUCGGAGUGGCCCCUGGAUUUCAGACCUUUGUCGCCACACAGGAGCAACGGCUGACCUACCUGCCCCCUCCGUGGGGCGAGUGUCGCUCGUCGGAUGUGGGGUUAGACUUUUUCCCCGUAUACAGUAUCACGGCUUGCAGGAUUGACUGUGAAACCCGCUACAUUGUGGAAAACUGCAACUGCAAAAUGGUCCACAUGCCAGGGGACGCUCCGUUCUGUACUCCGGAGCAGUAUAAGGAGUGUGCAGAGCCUGCGCUGGGUUUGCUUGCUGAAAAGGACAGCAAUUACUGUACCUGCAGGAUGCCGUGUAACCUGACCAGGUACAACAAAGAGCUCUCCAUGGUGAAGAUCCCCAGCAAGACUUCGGCCAAGUACCUGGAGAAGAAGUUUAACAAGUCUGAAAAAUACAUCUCAGAGAAUAUUCUCGUGCUGGAUAUAUUUUUUGAAGCACUCAACUAUGAGACAAUUGAGCAGAAGAAAGCCUACGAAGUGGCAGCUUUACUUGGUGACAUUGGCGGUCAGAUGGGAUUGUUUAUUGGUGCUAGUAUCCUUACAGUACUAGAGCUCUUUGAUUAUAUUUACGAGCUGAUCAAGGAAAGAUUGUUAGACCUGCUUGGCAAGGAGGAGGAGGAGGGGAGCCAUGACGAAAACGUGAGCACUUGCGACCCCAUGCCAAAUCAUUCCGAAACCAUCAGCCACACUGUGAACGUGCCCCUGCAGACGACCCUGGGAACGCUGGAGGAAAUCGCCUGCUGACACCUCCCCGCCAGCGCCAGAGUGCCAAGACCGACCGAAAGGAGACUGUACAGGAAAGCAGGGACCAAGCUCAGGUUUGCACCGGGGGAAAAGGAAGAAAAUCGCUAUGCAUUAAAAAAAAAUAAUAUAUAUCUCUAUAUAACUGUAUAUAUAUUAUACAUCUCUGCCAAAACCAAGCGAGCGGCGCCUUGGACUUGACGUGCGUCGUCCUUUCCUGUGGGGGGGGCUCGUCUUCGGGAUCUGAAGACACACUCGUUUUUGAACUGUACAGACCAACACAGAAACUAACAAAGCCACCAUUUCAUAUACUGCCGACUGUAUAAAGCACUUGCAUGCCGAUACUUUUUAUGGCAAUAUAUUCCUAGCUGUCUUUCUAAGCUCUGCUCCUCUGUACAGGCUCCGAUUUCACUACCAAGAAGGAAUUUUUGCGGGCCCAUCCGUCCCCGAAAUCGCCGUUAAUUAGGCUGUAUUAGAAUAAAGAAACAAACAAACGUGCAGCUCUUGGACUCUCCUUACCUCCUUGUUCUUCGUGUCAGUUUGCUAGGCCGGGUCCCCCAAAGGCUA